AGGCAGCCUGAAGUCUGAAAACCGUAACACACACGCAAUGUCAAGGCGGACCAUGGCACUUCUCUCCCGGUGGUCCUCUCGUGUUUUCUCCGUGGACGUGGACGGAGAGACUGUUUACUUUAAAAUCCACGACAACCAAGCCGGGAAAGGAGGAAAAGAAGAAGUGCAGCGGUUGUUCGGAACCGUCCAUAAGGAUGCCAAGUGUUACUCUCUGCUCGUUUCCAGCGGGGACAAAAUCCACAACGCCAGGUUUCACUGGGAACUCAAAGACAAACUGUUGAAGGAUCUUCCUGCACAGUGUCGUUUAUCGCCGAUGCGCUCGUUUCUGCCUAACGUCAAAGACUCACUUGUACAUGGCUAUUUCUUGCAAACUGCUUGCCAGGAGAGCUCUGUCACGACCGAGCGACUUUUACGACAGUGGCUGCAGCUUGACGACCCGUUGCUCGUGUGCUCGUACCUGCGUGACAAUGAGGAGGACGCUCCACGGUGGACUCAGCACCUGUGGAACCACGAACACAAACACGGCAUAGUACCGUUACAAGCGCCACAGUACCACCCGGCAACACUCAACCUGAUCGAUUCCGAUGUUUUCUACAGUUUCCAAGCGGCCCGUGAUGUGUUUGACAAGUGUGCUGACAUCAUUCCGGAGGCUGCAUCUGUACUGGAACUGCUGCCUUGCGGCGGCGGUGUGGAGCCCAGAAGCGAACCAGACUUCCCCGUUAUUGUCUUGGAAGGCCUGGAUGCCACAGGUAAAACCACGUUGACCGAGUCUCUCAGGGACACGCUGGGGGCCACUAUUCUGCGUUCCCCUCCGCAGUGUCUUUCCCCCUGGAGAGCCCGCUUUGAUCAAGAGCCACCCAUCCUCCGAAGGGCCUUCUACGCACUGGGCAACUACAUCACAGCACAACAAAUUUCCCACCAAACCUCCAAGACACCUGUCAUCAUUGACAGGUUCUGGCACAGCACGGCUGCUUAUGCCAUCGCCACAGCUGUAAGCGGUCCAGUGUGUGACCUCCCGGCAGAGGGCUCCGAGCUGUACCGCUGGCCCAGUGACCUUCUCCAACCGAGUCUGGUUGUCCUUCUUACACUGGACCCCGAGGAGAGGAAGAGGAGGCUGAGAGACAGAGGUCAAGGGGAGACCAAAGAGGAGCAUGAGCUGGAUUGCAACCAACUGUUCCGACUCAGAGUGGAGGAGGCUUACAGGAGGAUCAGUGGUCCAUCUUGCAUCAGCGUGGACGCCAGCUCCUCUGCAGAGCAAGUGCUCCAACAAGUGCUGCUUUUAAUUAAGGGCAAAUGCCACUUGUAAACAGCUCUCUUGUCUUUGGUGUCUGAGCAUCAAGUGGAUGCACUACCUCUACUGGCCACUGGGUGCCAGUAAAGGGAUGUGAAUGGCACGGAGGUAAAACGUUAGUAAAGUGAGAUGCAACACGGGGGGGAGCAAAGGAGUCACAUUCACCCAAUCAGAAAUACAUAUUCAUCCGGACACACAUGCACACACUCCCUAAACCAAAGAGUGUAUUUAACUGCUGUUGCGAGCUCGCAGAAAUCACACCAAGUAUCCUUCAGGCCCUGUGGAGCGCCACUUACUCACAGCCUCUUGUACUUGUGACAGAACGCAGGAAAGGUAGAGAACUAAUGUAUGUAACAGGCACUUAAAUUCAAGCUGUAAGAGCAAUUGAAAUGUAAAGCAGAAUUAUAAGGCAUAAUUGAAAUUGAAGUUUAAAAGUUGAACAUUUACAUUCACUCUGGGAUAUCACUGUCACAUGCAUUCAAGCUGAGAGCAAAUAACCAGUGUUGGGCAAGCUACUUGGAAAAUGCAGUGAGCUAAGCUGCAAGUUAUUCUACAGUAAAAGAAGCUUCACUACACUCUACCAGAGACGUAGCAAGCUAAGCUACAAUAAAAUGACAAACUACAUCAAAGCAUAUUUUAGACAUUGAACACUCUAACCAAAAUAACCUUAACCCCUAAUAUUUCACAGCAACAUAAUCCAAAGUUAUGCUUUUCAGCUCAUCUGUCAUCUGAAUUUUCUUACCUCUAAAUUCACUUCACACACACAAAAACAACAUGUCACUAGCUAGUGCUAAGUUAGCUGUUGAUGACUGCUGACUGAGUUGAUGUGUUGGAUGCGCACAGGGUUUUCUUUCUGGGGUUGCACAUAUUGCAACUGUGAGGACUUGAUAAGUUACAUGAAUUUUCCAAGGUAUCGCCAUGGGGAUUCACAAGAUGUGAGACGUCUCACAUCUUGUGAAUCCCUGUCAUUGUCUCCAGUUGCGCGCUUUCUAUCACGCUGCGCUGCAUUAUCAGACAAUUUGCGGGCAUCUUUUUAUUCACUGUCUCGGGCGGAUAGUACGUGCCAUCAAACGGAAGAGAUGCAUUCAAGGUUUAGAACUGUUUGGGGAAGUGUAGUAGCUUCUGUGUACGCCACUGUGUUAUUGGAUCACAAAAGUAUUAGCUUCACGACUAAAAAGUUAUUUGAUGUUGAAAACUACUACGUUAAGACCAUGCUACCGACAAAUGUUAAAGUAGUACUGCCGGUACUUGUAAUGCUGCUACUGCCCAACAUUGGCUAUCAUAACGCUGAAUAAUUAAAUUAACACGCAACAUCUUUUAGAUGGGUGGAGGAGUACAAUAAACUAGUUGUGCAAUGUGUUUGUACCCUAAACGAAUUGUUGGAGCAUCUUUUGUUCAAACAACAGCACUCAGUCUUUUUGAGAUAUCAGCAUGGCAAGUUCACUUGGCAAAUUGCAUGGGCAUGUCUUAUACAAAGACCCCUUCAAAUCACCCCACUGAUCUUCAAUUGGAUUUACAGCUGCCCUCUGACUGAGCAAUUCCAAAAUAUAUUUUUUUCUUCUGGUAAAAACUUUGUUUUUGUAUGUAUUCUUGGGUAUGUUCACUUUUUUCUAUCCACUUUAUGUUCCACUAUACUUGUGUGAAGGCCAAUUUUUUUCCUCCCUCAAUGCACAGUGGUUGUUAUGAAUCAAUUUUACAAAACAGACUUCUUUAAUGUUUAGGUGUGUUCAAUGAGAGCAUGCACUAGCUUGACAUUUGAUCUAAUGUGAUUGAAUGUAAGAGCAAUAUAAAAAAACAUCAGAAAGAUGAUCAUGAUCAGAUGUUUAUGUAAAAAUGGUUGUGGUUGGAAUUUGAUGCACUGCAUCAUGUGUUUCUGAUUUUGUCCCUCUGUGUCCCGAAACAAAAUAUUAGAAACAUCACUGAUGCAUUUCAGUUCUACACCAAUACAAACCAUGCAAGCAGCGAUGAAGGGGCCCCUCCCCUUUUUCAUGGCAAAACUCAAAAUCCUCUAAACUUUGAUGCCAUGCUCUACCCACAUUAGUUUGCGUGGGCAAAAAAAAAAGUUUUGUAUCACCUAUCUGUCUAGUAUUACCUAUUUGUAAUUUUUUGGGGAAUGUUCUGUCAAGUCACUGUUUUUGUGCUCAGCCCAAAGCAAUGAAAUCAUUUUGGCACUAUCUGGUGGAAUGUUGAUAUUGUUGUUGGGUUUAAUUAUUUCAUAGUGUUUUUUUGUUUACGUUCGAUAUGGCCUCUUCUGUUGGCAUCCUGGUCCUCGAUUGCACCUCGUGCACCGUCAAUAAAGUUACGUAUGUUUUGGCAUCUCUUCUGA